AUGCUCCCAAAGCGACUCCCGGCGGCGCUCCUCUCCCCGCCGACGCCGCCGUGGGUGAGAAGCACCGUCCCAGCAGCGUGUACGCCGCGGCGCAUCUCGACCUCGCGGUGCCUCUGCCGCGCCCAGGACCGCUCGCGCAAAGAUGAUGCUCCCACGCCCACAGACAGCGCAGCUGGCCAGCCUCCUGCUGCCCCCGGCCCAUCGUUGUUCGAGGAGCUCUUCCCCGGCGAGAAGAGCACCGUCGCCCAGACCUCACAGGACUUCAUCUCCUCCUCACCACCACCGCCCCUGACAGACUCACAAGUCGACUCAUCAUCAUCACCAUCACAACCAAGCCCCAUCCCCCCAGACCCCUCCCUAGCAAAAUGGCUCCACGACCCGCGCAAACUCGGGCCCAGGGUCCAGGGCAGCGGCCGGCCCCCUCCUCCAGCGGCCGCCCAGCUCCCCACCGCCACCCUGAUCCUGCGCGGCGCACCCCCGAGCCUGGACCCUUCGGACCUCUACCGCCUCGCCACCUCGUCCUCGGCCCACCUCGACGGCUGGGCGGGGGGGCUCCUCCGCGCGUCCCGCGCCCUGGACCCGGCGACCCUCGCGCCGAGGGGCCGCUACGCCCUGACCUUUGAGAACCGCCUCGCGGCCGACGCCUACCUCGAGCGCGCGCGGCGGCUGCACUCCCUCGGCGCGCGCGCGGCGCGCCCGGGCCGGGCCGUGAC